AUGGUGGACCGCACGGUCUAUGAUGCAGACAAGACCCCUGACCUGCCAUUGCGGCAAGUGCUCGGGCGACAGCGGGUGGCACCUGAUCUGUGCAAGUUAGCGGCCAAUGCUGGACUGCUCACAGUGGAGACCUUUGCUAUGCUCGGAGACGACAUUGCCUCGGUCAAGGCGACUCUCAAGAGCUUGGUCCCGGAUGUCACCUCCUUUGGCACAGAUGGACCUGCUCAGGAAUUGGCAUUGACCUCCUUGGCUGCAGUGUGGAAGACGUGCAGUACCAUGCAAGAUCAUUUUGCCGCUCGGCGGGCCAAGAUGGAAGAGGAUCCGUCAAAAGUGCCGGAGAUCCCUGGAGAAGACCAUGCCGAGUUCCGCGAGACCUUCGUCAAUCGCCACCCUGACGUUCUUUUGCCCCUCCAUCGGGAGCCACACCGCAAGUUCGUCGAGCGCGUCCAGCGAGACUACCUGGUGCAUGGUUUUGUUCAUUUUUACGAGGUGGGGGAAAUCCGCACCCGGAAUGAGCAGAUCGCCCAGAAGUCUGGCCUUUCCAAAAAUGCGGAAGACCUGCUGCGAGUGGUCAUGAUCGACCAACCAGCCGCGGCCAGUUCAGAGUCUCAGGUCAUGGACAAGCUCCACGCCUUCUUCAUCACGCUCGAGUACCUGAACAUUUGCGAGUUCACAGUCCAGGCGGGCCCUUUGAAGUACCUGGCUCAGCUCGAGGAGUGGCGGCAUGAGAAUCGCGGCCUUGCCCUUUUACUGGCAGUAGAUGCUUUGAUUCGCAAGAAGGUUCACCGGGUGAGCUCUGAUCAGCGGAAGCAGUUCACUACGUUCUCCGCGGCGCUCCUGGAGGUGCUCACCAACCACAAGCAAUUGUGGAACGAUGCUCGCUCCAGUGCCGAGCUCGACAAGUUCAAGCAGGCAACUUUGACACCAGCUCCGGUGACACCCAAGAAGCGACCUCGCUCAGGCUCACCUGACCCCCCUGCCUCCACCGCCGAAGCCAAGAAGAACAAAGCCCGCCGAGCUCGUCAGAAGAACCAGCUCCAGAAAGCCAAGGCCGUGCUUGCUGGGACCACUCCUCCAGCGAAGGAUGGUCUCUCGCCGCCUCCUGGGGAUUGGUCAGGUGAGGCUGGCACCGCGAAUGAUGGUCCGGCUGCCUUGGCGGCCGAUCGGACAGCGUUGCUGGGAGGGCAGCUCCAUUGGCCAGACUGGGAUCAGGUUUUGUCUGAUCGGACGGUCUUGGGCCGCUCGGGGCCUUUCUUCCUGGAGCUGUUCGCAGGUGAAGCGGGGAUCUCCGAUGCAGUGUUUGCGGCAGGAGUUCCUGUUCUACCUCCUGUAGAUGUGGUGCCUUCGGCUCGGGUGACAACCCCGCGCGACUUGCUCGAUGCCCUCUUUUGGCAGAAGAUUUUGGAAGUGAUCACCUUAGUUUGUUAUGGGAAACAGAGCUCCUUCGUCAGCUCGUGCGCCAAACUGGCAUUCGCUUUGGAUUGUGAUCAGUGCGCUUUUGGUACACCCUGGAUGAAGCCUACCCGCUUUGUGUGCUCUACGCAGCUGCUGGACGUUCUGUGCAUUCGGUGCCCUGGCACCCACAAACACGAGAAGCUCAAGGGCAAGGUGUGGGAUCCAGUGCAGCAGCGACUGGUGUUCAAGACCAAGCAAGCUCAGGUGUAUCCUUUCGUGCUCUGCGCUAGUGUCGCGGCACAGGUGUGCCACAUCUUUUUGCAGGAUUUUGUGCACUUGCAGCCGUCGUUUGGGCUCACUACCCCGAGCGGGGACCGCAAGCGUGCACUUGGUUCUGGCAAGCCGUGGGUUCGGCACCGGCAGGCCACGACGGCACAGAAAGCUCUUCAAGCGGGCUAUCAGCUGAAACGUGGCGCUUGCAAGCCUUUGCAUGAGGUGGAAAUGGAGCCUGGCGAGGCGAUCGCUUUUGCUCUUCGCCAAGUUCAUCCUUUUAGCCGUGCUGCGACUUUGCCACUGCCGCUGCAGGCGGCCAUCCAGCAGGUGACAGCCGAUCCGGCGCAGGUGGUUUUGUGGCGCGAGCGUGCUCUUUGUUUUUGGCAUGCUCGUGCUCUGGCAUUGUUGCCCAAGUCCAUCGAGCUCAUCAUGGCCCAACCUGAUGCGGCUCUUCGCCGUCUGUUGUUGGGCGCUGCUCAUCCUAAACAUGCUCGGUUGGGAGAAGUGUGUCAUGUUGCCCUCUAUGCAGAGAUGCUCGAGGCCAUUGGCUCGGUGGACACCCAUUUGCCGUCGCUUUUGCUGACCGGCUUCCCAAUCGUCGGGCCUAUUCAGGCCACCGGGCGAUGGCCUGCCUAUGAUAAGCCUCAGAAAGUUCUUCCGGUCCAACAUGCUCUUGACAGGGCCUGGGAGAUCCGGGCAAAGAUUGUUCAGCGUGUGAGAGGUGUUCCAGUCACGGAAAAUUUACAGAAGCUCUGGGACGCGACUUUGGAAGAUGUUGGCGAAGGCUCUUGCCUAGGUCCUUUUGUCUCUGAAGCUGAGGUUACGACGGUGCUCCAGCAGGAUGAUUGGAUCCCCACUCAGCGGUUCGAAGUAGUGCAAAAGAACAAGGUCAGAGGUUGUGAUAGUGCCACAACCAAUUUGAUCAACCAGAUCACCGAGAUCACGGAGAAGUUACAACUGCCUUCAACGGACUCGAAUGUUGCUGCUCUCCGGUCGCUCAUUACUGCUGCUCCAGAGCGUGAUUUGCAAGGCUGGGUGCUCGAUGAGAGAAAAGCAUACAGGCAGAUUGCAGUGAGACCAGAUCAGCGGAAAUUCUCUGUUAUUUGCCUCAAGUCCCCGUGCUCGGGCAAUCCAGAGUUCUUUGUGAUGGUUGGCCACUCUUUUGGGCUCGUGUCUGCAGUCUACAACUAUAACAGGAGAUCGGCGGCGAUCAAUGAGAUCCUAGUCUCCUUGUUCAAACUGGUCGCUUUCAGCUUCUACGAUGACAAGUAUGGCUUUGAGCCUGCAGUUUCGGCUCCCAGUGCUCGGCGUGUGGCAGAGUCCGUCCACUGGUGGCUAGGCGCUCGCUUUGAUCAAAAGAAACUGCAGCUCUCUCAGGCACCUACAGUUCUGGGAGUGACCUACAACUUGACCAAGUUGCAGCUCGAGAUCAAGGAGGAGAGGAAGAAGGAGUUGGUCGAAGAAAUCGACGCCAUUGUUAGCUCUGGCCUGCUCGACCCUGGUUCAGCGGGUAAGCUCAAAGGCAAGCUCAUGUUUGGUGCUUCGCAGUUGUGGGGAAAGAUCGGGCGUGCGUUCUUGCGACCCAUCUCGGAGCGCCAAUACUGGAAGUUCCCUCCUUCAGCAGAGUUCAACUUGGAUCGCCAGCUCGUGGAAUCGCUGACACAGUGGCGUAAGCUCGUUCUGGCGGGCCCGCCGCGCUCCAUCGAUCUGGCACGCGAGAAGCUGACUGAUGUGGUGAUCUUUACGGAUGGCUUCACACCAGACCCGAGAUCCAGUGAGUCCAGCCCGGACAGGCUUGUGGAUGCUGAUCUGAUUUUGCUCAUUGACUCUGAAGCUGUGGAGGGAGCCUUGAUCAAAGGCUACUCCAGUCGUGAAGACAUGUGCGGCAUCAUCUCUGUAUUCUGGGAGUUGGCACUUAAGCGAAGCAGCAGGUUGGUCUACUGUCCGCCCGAUUUGGCCUUCCAUGCUCAGAUAAGUGACCGUUCGCCCGUGUGCCAUUUUGGACUCAAAGAAGAGAUCAUCACAGCUCAGCGUGGUGCCAUUGCAGCACGCGAUGCUGAAGAGGCUGCCCGACAGGCAGUCAGUCGGGUGACUCAGAACAGGAUGCUACUGCCGCGCAUAGAGCCAUCGCUGCUGCACGUGGUGCUAGAGAGGCUGCACAGCGUGCAGACAAAACAAAGCACCUCCAUGAAGGUAGCCUCUACUUCCAGUGCGCCUGUAGCAUUGCCAACCAAAGAGGCGGACAUGUACAAAGGAGAGCGGAUGGCAGCACAAACUGCUGGCCUAUGCAUUCUCACCAUUUGCAUCGUGUUGGUCUGGUUCCAGAGCAACGCGUCCAGUGUCAAUCUUGAACCGCUUCGGCAUGCUUUGCUGCUGCUGCCGACAGAUCAGAUGCAAUCAUUAGCAUUUGCAAACCUUGAAACGACAAAGAUUUUUCGGGACCAACAUGGAGCAACACCAACGUGGGCCAACAGCCAUGAUCACCGUGAGCUCACGGUAUGGCCACCAUAG